CCCAGUUACGCACCUUUAUUUCUUUUUUGCUUUAACACCAAAUAUCAUGUCCGGAUCAUACGAUCGUGCAUUGACCGUUUUCUCUCCCGAUGGUCACUUGUUUCAAGUGGAAUAUGCUUCAGAAGCUGUUGGCGUACGAGGCAAAGAUGUGGUCGUGCUCGGUGUCGAAAAGAAAUCAGUAUUGAAACUGCAAGACCCAAGAACUGUACGCAAGAUUUGCAUGCUUGACGAACACAUUGCUUUGGCAUUUGCAGGUUUGACGGCCGAUGCGCGUGUAUUGGUGAACAAGGCCAGAAUCGAAUGUCAAAGUCACCGUUUGACCGUGGAGGAUCCACCAACUGUUGAAUAUAUCACCCGUCACAUUGCUCAAGUGCAACAGAAAUAUACCCAAAGUGGUGGUGUACGUCCCUUUGGUAUCUCAACACUCGUCGUUGGCUUUGACCGAAACGAACCUAGAUUGUACAUGACGGAACCCUCGGGCAUCUACACGGCUUGGAAGGCCAACUCGAUAGGCCGAAGCUCAAAGACGGUCCGUGAGUUCUUGGAAAAGAAUUACAAGGAGGAGAUGGAUCAAAAGGAAACCAUCAAGCUGGCUGUCAAGUCCUUGUUGGAAGUCGUGCAAACGGGUGCAAAGAAUAUUGAAAUCUCAAUCAUGAUGUCAGACAGCACCGUCAAGGUAAAACAAGAAGGGACUGGCUAGUUUACAUUAGGAUGGCCACGCACUAACUGGGAAUCGACACACAUGUAGAGCUUGGAAACAGAAGAGGUGGAGGCUGUUGUGGCCGAGAUUGAAAAGGAAAAGGAAGAGGAGGCCGAGCGAAAGAAGAAACCAUCGGCUGCAGCAUCAGGAAGCAGCUAAAUUAUAACCACUAUCAUAAUAAAAGCGGUCCUUGAAAUAAUUGAAAACACAGAAAACACACUUGAAAAAUAAAAACAGACGGAUCUUAUGAAAAAUGGAGAUAUGCACAGUACUGUUAUUAAUAAUU